AUGGCAAGACAAGCUCGCAGCAAAGCUGAGUCCGAGUCAGGGGACCCAAUCACGAAUGUAAAUAUGAAUGUGUGCACAGUAUGCGAAGAGCAUUCGCAACGUGUAACAAUUAGCUGUAUGGACUGCACGAAGCUCUUUCAUCUGGGAUGCCUUACGCCUCCGCUGCGUCGCCGACCCGUUCUGGCAGACGCUUGGCGAUGUUCGGACUGUGUGGGGGAUGAAAAGGAAAAGAAGGUUGCGUCUCUUGGUAAGAGAAAGAGACGAGAUGAAGUGCACGCUGGACAGCUAAUGCAUAAGAGACGUCAAGGGGCCACGAGACCCACUCAGGAGCAAGACAAUGACAUGAUGGACAAAACGCCCGUUGUGAAGACAAUGUUGAGGCCUCGGAAUGGUAAGGAUCUCAUGAACGAGAAGGUUAAGGCCCCAUUAUCAGUUAAGCCUCGAUUGGAUGGUCGCACGGCCCGUCGCGCUGUGUUUCGUGUGGCAACAACUGAUAUAAGUGAUGAAGGCGAUGAUGAUGAUGAUGAGGAUAGUGAUUUUGUUGACGAGAGUAUUUCUGAGGGAGAUGUCGACAAAGUGGAGUUGGAGGGUUCAGAGGAUGAACAACUUCCACAUGCGCCAAGAAGACGCUUAGUUGUGAAGAAAACUUCUGCAAACCAGCGCAGUGGCGGGAAGGGAAAGUCAAGAAGGAAGGUGAAGGUGACAGAGGAACCAUUGUCUGCUUCUAUCGCACAUACAACUAUUCCAACAACUAACGAUAGCGGCACGAGAAGCGACGCUGACUCGCUAGAUAUUGACGUUGUUGACGCAAGCGAUGGAUCGGAGGAUGUGUAUGAUGGUCCACACUAUUUUAUAGAAUACGCACCGAAUGCUAGAGCAAAGUGCAAAAGUUGCGAACGAAGGCUUUUGGCCGGCCAGCUCCGUGUAGGCGUCAAUAUCCGUCAUUCAAUCUUUGGUGAUACUACAUACUAUAAACACUUGGAGUGUACCGCGAUCGGACUAAAGGUUGGACUUGCUGCCAAGCAAGCUCAACUUGACGCUGAAGUAAAGGACGAGUCACGUCCUUUGAAGACAAAAACGCACGAUCCAAUCGAUCGCUUAUCCAGACUAGAGACUGCUGAUCAGGAGUUUGUUUGUGAAUACAUGGCAAAGAACGACGUAGAUGGUGUGAUGGAUGAGCGUCUUCCGCUCACAGACGAUCAUUUUAUAAAAAAGGGCCGCAUGCCUGAAAAGCAGCCGUCAAAGUACUUGACAGCUACACUUCUCCCGUAUCAACGAGAAGCUCUGGCUUGGAUGGUUGAGCAAGAGGCGAGUGACUACAAAGGCGGCAUUCUUGCUGAUGAAAUGGGAAUGGGAAAGACUUUACAGACUAUUUCACUCCUACUUGAAAAUGUUCGGGAGGUUGGAUCAGGAAGCAAGAAAUCCUCGUCGAUGGUGGGCGGUACACUUGUAGUUUGUCCUCUUGUUGCUGUCAUGCAGUGGAAAAGUGAGAUUGAGCGGUUUGUGGCUCCUGGUCAUUUAUCUGUGUAUAUUCAUCAUGGAGGUAAACGUAUAGAUUCCGUAAAAAGCAUUGCGUCGUACGACAUUGUGCUGACAACAUACAGUAUCAUUGAAAGUGAGAUUCGCAAAACGCUUGGCUGGUCAAAAGUUGCCUGCAAAUACUGUGGAAAAAAAUAUUUGCCGGAUAAGUUGGAAUCACACAAUAAGUACUUCUGCGGGCCGAAUGCGAAGAAAACAGCUUUGCAGGGUAAGCAACAAAAUAAGAAAACGCGUAAGAAAGCUGCCGGUGAAACCAGUGAAGACGAUGAUCAAGAUUUUCUCAAGAAUUCACUGCGAAAAAAUAAAGGACGAGUGUAUUCACGUACAAAAAAGACUGACGAUAGUAAGGACGUAUCCAUUGACAAAACUAAAGGAAAGUCACCACUACACCAGAUCAAGUGGACGCGUAUUGUUUUGGACGAGGCACACUAUAUCAAAGACCGAAAUUGCAAUACUGCCCGAGGUGUUUUCGAGUUGAAGUCAACAUACAAGUGGUGCUUGUCAGGCACUCCAUUACAGAAUCGAAUUGGCGAGUUGUUCUCACUUGUUCGGUUUCUUCAAGUGAAGAAAUACGCAUAUUACCAUUGCAAUACAUGUGAUUGUCAAAUGCUGGACUAUAAUUUUCCAAACAGAAAAUGUGCGCAAUGUACUCAUCCCGCAAUCCAGCAUUACUCAUUUUUCAAUAAAAAAAUCGUGAUUCCGAUUCAAGCAUACGGCUACGUUGGUGAGGGAAAGCUUGCAAUGCAAAGGUUAUAUAAUGAAGUCCUCCAGCACAUUUUACUUCGCCGAACGAAAGAAGGACGCGCAGAUGACAUUUCUCUACCUCCUAAACUAGUGCGCAUUCGAAAGGAUAGAUUAGAUGAGCGGGAAAAUGACUUCUAUGAAGCGAUUUACACACAGAGCCAAGCACAAUUUAACACUUACGUGUCGUCGGGGACAUUGCUCAACAACUAUGCCCACAUCUUUGACCUACUCAUACGACUUCGUCAGGCCGUCGACCAUCCAUAUCUAGUUAUUUACUCAAAGUCCAAUCCGGCACUUCAGCUGCCAAUUCAAGCUGCACCAUUGGUGGAAGAGCUGCCUAUAGAUUUGAUUGAAUGUGCUUCUUCUGAUGACAAUCGAUUGUGUAUGAUAUGUCACGAAUCUGUGGAAGACGGCGUAGUCGCAAAGUGUGGACACGAAUCCUGUCGUGAGUGUGUGAGGGAGUUCAUUGAGUCGCUUCCAACUGGUGGCGAAGCGACUUGUCCAACAUGCUCAAAGCCGCUGACGGUCGACCUUUCUUUUCCUGUGGAAAAGGUUACAAGAGCUGAAAAAUCUCUCGAAAAUGAGUUUAGCACGUCGAGCAAUCGGUUACCUAAGACUUCCAGCACCAAGGUCGAGGCUCUAAUGCAAGAACUGGAGCUCAUGCGCUUACGUGAUCCGUCUGGUAAGGCGAUCAUCUUUUCGCAAUUUGUCAACAUGCUUGAUCUUAUUCAGCACCGUCUCCAACUCGGUGGGGUCAAAUGCGUCAAACUUUCCGGCAACAUGAGCAUGAGUGUUCGGGACCGAAUGAUCACAGCUUUUCGAGACGACCCAUCCGUAACUGCAUUUUUGAUCAGUCUGAAGGCCGGCGGUGUCGCCCUUAAUCUGACCGUGGCGUCGCAUAUUUUUCUGAUGGAUCCGUGGUGGAAUCCUGCGGCUGAAAAUCAAGCUAUCGAUCGAACGCAUCGAUUGGGGCAGUUUAAGCCCGUUCAGGCCACUCGUUUUAUCAUUGCUGGUACAGUUGAGGAACGAAUUUUGAAGUUGCAGGAGAAGAAGCAAUUGAUUUUUGAUGGAACCGUUGGGGGUAAUGUUAGCGCUAUUUGUCGCCUUACUGAAGAGGAUUUGCGAUUCCUUUUUGCCUCGUGA